AUGGCAAUCACCAAAGGAAGUGCCUACCAAGUUUCUUGCACGAUGAUUGUCUUUGCUUUGUUGAUUCUGACCUCCCCCAAGCCUCUCUUAGCUUAUAGGCCCCUUAAGGAGGAGCAGAGUACUGCAGGAGUGAGAAAGAGUGUGACGAAAGCUCCGCUUGAAAGAGGGCCCCUUCCACCUUCCUCUUCCUCUUCUUGCACUUACAUAAAUACCCCGGGAGGUAGCCAUGGCGGGCAUUGUGAAAUCCAUAAAUGA